GAACAUUCGUUUUAACCAACCAGAAGCCAGAUUAGAGAGCUCCGCUUUAACAGCGCCUACCGUAGCAAAGCUAAGUGGCUACAAGCAACCGCCUUGGCUUCCAGCAUCUUCCACGCUUUCUGCGUUAGAUUUUACUGCAUCGCUGGGAAUUAUACGCAUCGUUGUGAAGUAGAACGGCAGUUCACGUCCCUACGUGUAAAUGAAAGAGAUGACAGGUUCAAACGAAUACAAACUUAACCAGGGACCAGAGGAUGGCAUCUCUGCUGCCAAGUUCAGCCCCAGCACGGCUCAGUUCCUACUGGUUUCCUCCUGGGACUGCACGGUCCGUCUCUACGAUGUUGGAGGCAACACCAUGCGGAUGAAGUACCAGCACACAGCUCCAGUUCUUGACUGUGCUUUUUAUGAUCCAACACAUUGUUGGAGUGGAGGUUUAGAUUCACAGUUGAAGACUCACGAUUUGAACACAGACCAAGAUACAAUAGUUGGAGCACAUGAUGCCCCCAUUCGUUGUGUGGAGUACUGUCCAGAAGUUAAUGUCAUGGUAACGGGUAGCUGGGACAAAUCGGUCCGACUGUGGGACCCACGAACACCCUGCAAUGCUGGCACCUUCACUCAGCCUGACAAAGUGUACACCCUCUCUGUGGCUGGGGACAGACUGAUUGUUGGCACAGCGGGGAGACGAGUCCUCGUCUGGGAUUUGAGAAACAUGGGCUAUGUUCAGCAGAGAAGGGAGUCCAGUUUAAAGUAUCAGACUCGCUGCAUUAGAGCCUUUCCCAACAAACAGGGCUAUGUCUUGAGUUCAAUUGAGGGCCGUGUAGCUGUGGAGUACCUGGACCCGAGCCAGGAGGUUCAGAAGAAGAAAUAUGCCUUCAAGUGCCACAGGCUGAAGGAGGAUGGAAUUGAGCAUGUCUACCCUGUCAAUGCCAUUUCAUUUCACAGCAUUCAUAACACCUUUGCCACAGGUGGCUCAGAUGGCUUUGUGAAUAUCUGGGACCCAUUCAACAAAAAGCGUCUGUGUCAGUUCCACCGGUACCCGACCAGCAUUGCUUCACUGGCUUUCAGUAACGAUGGCACGAUGCUUGCCAUCGCCUCAUCCUACAUGUAUGAAAAAGGAGACAUCAGCCACCCAGAAGAUGCCAUCUUCAUCCGUCAAGUCACGGACGCCGAGACAAAACCCAAGUCUACUUGAAUGUGCAGUGGAUUGGUGAUCAGUGCAAAAGAAGCCUUCAUGUCAGAAUUAUCUGCUGGCAUCCAGUGUACCAUCAGUGUAUAGUUUUCUCUGUUCCUCUAUUCUAGUACACCACCUUUUCCAUGGGAUGUUUGCUAAGAACUUUUUUCUUAAGUAUUUUAUUGUUUCAAAUGUGUUUGUUUAUCCUGUUGAGCUGAAGUGAUUUUUCUUUUGGCUCUGGUUUUCUUGAAUCACACUUUUAAACAUCUUUGCAUCAAUAUUUCUAACGUCAACUUUCUGGAAAAUAAAAAAUUCUUUCAAACUUUGAA